AUGAUCUCUAUCGAUCGUCUCGAUGCCAUUCCGGAUAGACUGCUAAAUAUAGAAGGCUCAGUCGCCAUCACACACAAUUUCCUAUCUCUGCGCAAUUUGCGACGUGUCGUAAAUGAGGAUGUACGCGCGUGUACUCGGGAUAGCUCGGCGAAGAAUGACGACAAACUCCCUUCAAGCCGUUUGCGACAUGUCGUAAAUGAGGGCGUAUGUGGCCCAACAGUGAAUGGUGACAACGCUUCAAGCAAUUUACGACAUGUCGUAAAUGAGGGCAUAUGUGGCCCAACAGUGAAUGGUGACAACGCUUCAAGCAAUUUGCGACAUGUCGUAAACGAGGGCGUAUGUGGCCCAACAGUGGAUGAGGUUGGCCUACAGUCAAUGACGGACAGAGUCGUAGACGCGUUUGGAUUGGUUGAAGAAAGUGGACAAGUGGAAAGGUGGUUGGCAGAUAGACGACGAGACGGUUUGUUAUAA